ACAACUAACCAGUUGUGUCCGUGCACUUAUCAUAAUUUUAGUGAGUUUAUGUAUUCGUGUAUGUAUGCCUACGUUGGUAUUUUGUUUAAAUAAAUGCGCGUUUAAUAUUGCCGUAAUCGUGAGGAACGCGCCGCGAAGUCGUAGGUAAUCAGUUUGAAAUGGCGUGACAUGGGCGCUUGUCUUGAUGGUGAUAGCCUGCCGUGGCCAGACGGACGAGGACGAAAAGAGGCCUUAUAAGUUUGCGUUUGCCAUCGAAGGCUACCAGCACCGGUCCGAGGAGAAGGAUGAACGUGGCAUAAUCAUGGGAGAGUUUGGUUUCGUGACGGGGGAUGGUGUGUAUCAUGUAACAGUCUACGCUACGGACGAGAAUGGGAACUUCAAGAUACUCAGCAUGAAGAAUUUCUACAUAGGCCUCCCUGGCGAGGGAACCACUGUCGCACCCUCAACUCGAGCCACCAACCCUACUCCAGCCCUCUCCACGACCAGAUCGCCGAUCCUGCAGCAUCUCGAUGGGUUGAGGGGCUGCAGCAGCUGCGUCAUUCCCGACAAGGAGAAACCCGGGCAACCUUCUCAGUCGUCUUCCGGUCCUUCAGAUGGAGGCUCAUUACUCGGGAGACGGCCAGGAUCAACAUCUAGGCCAACUUCAUCUAUCGGUAAACCAUCUCUGGCGGCUUCAUCAGGUUCUAUGGUAUCUCCAGGUAGAGGGCCUCAGAGCACGUUUGGAGGACUUGGUGUGACGCCUGGUGGUAUCGAAGGCCAACGUGUUUCUUCCGUGAGCCAACAAGGAAAAGGCCGGUCUCAGUAUAAUCUUACACCAGGAGUGGGCAUCGGUUCCCAAAAAUCGACUGGAGGAGACUUCGGUCGACAGCCCAUCACAGCUGUAGGUCCUAGUUCUGGAAAUAAGGGACUCGGUGAACUAUCUGUAAGGCAAAAAGUAGACACAUCUGGAAGACCUCAGGCACAAGAUAGUGGUGGCGCCAGUCCUCCGUACAAACCAGGAUUGCCUCCUGGAAUGACAAUGGAAGACUUGAUGGCUCUGUUGUACAAAUUCAAUUAUACCCUCAAAUACCACGGUCAUCACGAAUCUGGAUACAGAAAUGGGGACAAAGAGGGCGGUUAUUUCUUCAACGGUAGAGACGGUUUCGGGCGCAACGUCGAGUACUUAGCGAAUGAGUUCGGGUUCCAGCCCAACAUUACUCUUGUGGACUUAGGCUUACAAUCCCCGGACACACCCAAAGAAAGCAAUGAAGAGCCUAAUGAAAUAAAGGGAAAUGAGUUUAAAUGGUUUUAUAAAAAGUGAUAAAUAUGGCAAAAUAUGCAACACCCUUGAUAAUACAGAGGCUGUUCCUUGCCUCCAGCUAUAAACGUACGUGCAUUUAACUUUUUAAAUUAACUUUAUAAAUAGUACAGAAUGUUAAUUAUGUGAUUAUUGAGAUCAGGAGAUUAACAUACUGAUAAUAGUAUUAAAUUAGCAAUAAUAUAAUUAUACAUACGUACCUGUUAACAAAAUUAACGGAUUGCAUUAAAUUACUUACUUAAUUAACAUUUAUUAGUAGGUAAAGCUGAAGUAAGAACGUAUAUACGCAUUACUUGGUGGUAAAAACAUGUUAGUAUAUGUUUAUACUAGUAAUUACAAUGCCAUUGCUGUCUCAUUUUCAUAUUCUAUUAUCACACUGUAUAUUUAUUACCUGAUUUGUUAUAAAGCCACAUACUCCUUUCUACACGAUUUCAAAUUAAACUAAUUUUUCAUUGA